CUCUGGCAAAGGGGAGUGAGCCAGGAUAGGAGAGGCAGAGGGGCAGAGGUUCAAGUGUGGGUUUUUCUCCUUGAACCUAGAAGAUUAUGGGUCAAGAGCUGUGUGCAAAGACUAUACAGCCUGGAUGCAGCUGCUAUCGCCGUUCGGAGGGCGGUGAGGCACGCAGCUGUCGGAGGAGUCCGCCUGAGAGGAUGGAGGCUGCGUUUGAGCUAACAGACCUACAAGAAGCAUCACAUUCCAUCACUUCAUUUCACCCUCAGGGACUUCAGGCUGUCUGUGUCCAGAAGCUCAAGAGUAAAAGGCCACGCAGUAACAGUGAUUCUUUUCAGGAAGAGGAUCUGAGACAGGGUUUUCAGUGGAAGAAGAACCUUCCAUUUGGGGCAGCCUCAUCUUACUUGAACUUGGAGAAGCUGGGUGAAGGUUCUUAUGCUACAGUUUACAAGGGGAUUAGCAGAAUUAAUGGACAACUAGUGGCUCUAAAAGUCAUCAGCAUGAAUGCAGAGGAAGGAGUCCCAUUUACAGCUAUCCGAGAAGCUUCUCUCCUGAAGGGUUUGAAACAUGCCAACAUUGUGCUCCUCCAUGACAUAAUCCAUACCAAAGAGACACUGACAUUUGUAUUUGAAUAUAUGCACACAGACCUGGCCCAGUAUAUGUCUCAGCAUCCCGGAGGGCUUCAUCCUCACAAUGUCAGACUUUUCAUGUUUCAACUUCUGCGAGGCCUGGCAUACAUCCACCACCAGCACGUUCUUCACAGGGACCUGAAACCUCAGAAUUUACUCAUCAGUCACCUGGGAGAACUCAAACUGGCUGAUUUUGGUCUUGCUCGAGCCAAGUCCAUUCCCAGCCAGACAUAUUCUUCAGAAGUCGUGACCCUCUGGUACCGGCCUCCUGAUGCUUUGCUGGGAGCCACUGAAUAUUCCUCUGAGCUGGACAUAUGGGGUGCAGGCUGCAUCUUUAUUGAAAUGUUCCAGGGUCGGCCUUUAUUCCCCGGGGUUUCCAACGUCCUUGGGCAGCUGGAGAAGAUCUGGGAGGUGUUGGGAGUCCCUACAGAAGAUACCUGGCCUGGAGUCUCCAAGCUACCUAACUACAAUCCAGAAUGGUUCCCGCUGCCUAAGCCUCAGAGCCUUCAGAUUGUCUGGAACAGGCUGGGGGGAGUUCCUGAAGCCGAAGAUCUCGCUUCCCAAAUGCUGAAGGGCUUUCCUAGAGACCGUGUCUCUGCCCAGCAAGCGCUUGUUCACGAUUAUUUCAGCACCCUGCCAUCUCAGCUGCAGCAGCUUCCUGACGCGCGAAGCAGCUGCGAUAAUUAUGCUGUCAGAUUCAGUAAGCUAAUGAGGAGUCACCAGAGUGGAAGGUUUUACAUUUAUGAGAAUGCUGAAGGAGAGCCACUCUGAGGCUUUUUCGUUUUCUUUCUUUUCUUUUCUUUUCUUUUCUUUUCUUUUCUUUCUUCUCCUUUUUCUUUUUCUAUGAGUUGGGAAGGAGAGUCUAGCAGUCCACAGCCAAAUUGGAAUCCUUUUGAUUAGCUAGUUGCCUUCCCAGCAUGUUCUGCCAGAUAAUAUGUCUGUCUUUCUCUCUCUCCCUCCCUCCCUGCUUUUGAGGAGCUGCUGCUUUUGAGGGGCAAGGAAGCCUGAGGGAAGUCCCAGCUUUUCAUGCUACUGUCCCCAAGGCAAGAGGAUCCUUCUCCCUGAGAGAAGUUCCCCCAAAUAGUUUGGAUUUGAGUGGAUUUGAGAGCAAUCUGUAAAGGGUAUACACUGUCUCUCUUGGCUGUUUAACUGUUGAUAAUAUGACAAGAGCUAAGAGAAAGUAGAAUACAAGAUUGCAUAUCGUGAUGUCCAUGUAAAAAUGCCUUAGGUGUAUCAGCAAAGGAUACGAUGGCUCCCCUUUCCAGCCUAGCCAACAUGUAAUACUAAAAUGCAAAAGUGAGAGCACAGUUUACCCAGGAUCUAAGGCAGAAAUCCAGGCCAAGCAAGACAGAGCCAGCACUGAAGGCUUAUUUUCUUCCCUUUGGGUGUGAGCUGCUUCCAGCAAACGGUAUUAUUAAGGCAUUUUAUGCUUUUGGUGCAACCAAGGAUGAAAGUUUUUCUUUUUGUUGAAUUGUGGAAUAUUUGGAGCAACUCGGGUGUGCAGAUUGUAAGUGUUGGAAAAGCAAUGCCCGGGUGGAAGGAUGCCCUGAGCAAGUUUUGCGGAUGUGCUUUGGUGACAACGGGCCUGCUCCUACCUCUUGAUGUAUUUCUUAGACAUCUGUGCUGAUACUUAGCAUAGAUGUUUGAAUAUUUAUUCAAAACAUAAUGUGUAUCAGGAAC